CUUAUACGGAACGUGUUGCGCCUGGUAGGUGUUCUGUGUUUACGCAUGGUGGUUUUGCGCUUCAAAAGGCUCGUUCCCCCGGGUGCAGUGUACUAGUACACUCUAUCCCGGGGCACAGGAAACACUGCCCAAAUCAUCGUCACCUCUACAGUGUACUAGAAGCAGGGAGACGAAGUAUUCUAGUACACUGCACUGCGUACUCUUAUUUUGCCGAGAGCUCACAGUGGUAUAGGUGUUCUCUAAAAACGCAGUGCGCAUUUUUCGUUGCUGCUCGGCCGCAUGAACAACGCACAAACCGAAGCAGCGCGGCGGGCUCGCAACGCAGCUGCAGCUAGGGCUCGCCGCCAAGACCCUGCGGUGACAGCCCGGCAGGCCGAAGCGAAGAGAGCUCGCCGUCAAGCAAACCCCGAGUUGCGGCUCAGAGAAGCAGCAGCGAAGAGGGCUCGCCGUCAAGCGCACCCGGAGCUGCGGCGCCGAGAAGCAGAAGCUAAGCGGGCGCGCCGUCAAGCGGACCCUACGGUUAGAUAUCGCGAAGCAGAAGCAAGACGGAAGCGGCGGCAGGCGAAACUCGAAGUGCGACCGGGGGAUGACUCGGCCACGGCCAAGCGUCAAAAGCAGUCGCCACUUCACGUAGGCGGCGCCGACGCGCGCUUCAAGCGCGAAUGCUUCAAUCACACGUUCGGCCGCAGCAGCGAGGUAUGCGACCGCUUGGGUUUCGACAACAACAUGACCAUAACUGCCAGCAUCCGUUACGGGCGAUCCCGCGCCAACGCCGCCGCAGUCUUUCCACGAGAGUUCCCUGUCGCUGUCACGUCACCGGCCCCGACACCAGGCUGCAAAGAGCAGAAAGUAUGCGCUAUAUAUGAUGUUGCUGUCAGAGGAGUACUGCUGAGAAGGUGCCCUUGUGGUCAAGCAAUCAACACGAAUGAUGCAAGCCAGUUACUGGGUUGGAAAGUUCGAAAGGACGUGUCGAUCCAGUGUGGCCUACAAGAGAUGGCCCCCCUGCCUCUCCAGAGAGAAAUUAUUUCAUCAGCAACACCUGUGGAGAGCAUAGGGACCGGAACAAGUUGCAACCAGGCUGGAAGUCUGCCCUCCGAGUUCAAGAAUGGGAUGAAACAUGGCACAGGCAGUGCAGUGGGAUGUCAGCAGCUGUUUCAGUGCCAUCGCUGCGAGUAUUCCACUCCUAAGCUUCAUAGGUUGACCUGUCAUUUGCAAUCACACAGCGCCGAGAAGCCUUUCCGAUGUGAGGUCUGUCCAGCAGCAUUCAAGGGUGUUCACGCCUAUAAAGCCCACAUGUGCAAACACACGGGAGAAGUGCUCUACCAGUGCCAUCUUUGCCCAUAUACGACUUCCUACCGGACACUCUUAAUGGAUCACAAGAGAGCUCACUUGAACACCAUGUCUUUUGCCUGCAACAUGUGCGCAUACAAAACUAAGAAGAAGGCAAACCUGCAUAUGCACAAGCUCUACCACAAAAGGGAUAUGCCUUUCAAGUGCAAAAUCUGCUCUUUUGGUUACAAUGACAAGCGGUAUUUAAAAAGUCACAUGCGGCAACACUUGAAAUCAUAGCUCUGCCGGUGAUUGUGGCAAUUCAUGGAAGCAGCAUCCACCAUCCCGCGCCUUCAAAGAUGAGCCGAUGCCAGCGACAAGUUGAAUGAAAGAAGAAAGGCAUUGAUGCCUGUUUUUGUACAUGUGAAUCUCUGCAUGCAUUGUGUACAUCACUAAUGGAAUGAAUGUUUCAGACUCUGAAACCUUAACAGGACAGCUAAUCAACAACACAGUCGUCUGCAUAACAUGCUGGAACAUCCAUAUACCAAACUUUGUUGUACCUCAGUGCAUUCUUCAAUGAUGCAGAUGGUGUUGGACAUGCCAUUUAUCAUUCCAUAUAUCUUGCCAAUGUGUGUUCAUCAAGAUGCUAUCACAAGCAAUAAAGGAAGUUGCACCAGUCAACCCACAUCUGACCCACUGAAGUUAUGAAAAAAACAGGCAGCCAAAGCAUUCAAGUCUUGUCAUACUGUCAGAUUGCAUCGCUACCCAUGCAAGCAGUGAAUGGGACAUCUGUUUAGUGGAUAAUAAAUUAUUAUUAUUAUUA